AUGGGCGAUCCGCAAGUAAAUCGGCAGAAGGCAAUGGCGGCCGUACAGGCAAUGUUCGAGAAGUACAAGUUACUUGCAGCUCGUAGACCCAGGAACCACAUCGACUUUGACCGGGAGGUCAUGUUGAAUCUGGAGCUUGUGGAUGCAAGUCUUCAAGGUACUGUUACUUAUGAACUCUUCAUUGGUCCUAAUUUCUCGAAUUUGAACAAUGUCAUGCAUGGAGGAGCUGCCGGCGUCAUUUUCGACAUGUCCACGACCACUGCACUCUGUCCUGUUGCUCGGCCUGGCUUCUGGGAAUUUAUGGGCGGCGUAACUCGUUCGUUGAACAUCUCCUAUCUCAAGGCCGUGCCGAUCAACACCAAGGUGCGACUCAACAGCAAGGUGGUGAGUGUCGGCAAACAGAUGGCUAUGAUCCGAGGCGACAUGACCAGUCUGGAUGGAAAGACGACAUAUUGUACAGUGGAGCACCAUAAAGUGAAUGUGCCAGUAAUCAAAGAGCAUCUCGAUGUAAGAACAGCGUGGGAUGAAGAAUUCGCGAGGGAAUGGAAAGCGAAAGGUGUGGAAGAAGUCAAGAGUAAAAUAUGA